CGUCAGUCUUGGGGCGGGACAUAAAAAGAGAAGAUAGUGCGCAUACCUUCUGUCAUGUCAUCGUCGAAAUGUGCAGCUCGAGGCGCGGUCAUUCUGUCUUUUCUAAGUUCCCGUUCUCUCACCGGACUGAGGCUCGGGUAAGUGGAUCCCCAUACUUGACGUCACUUCAUUGUUAUUUCCUUGUUACCGCCAUGCUGAAUUCGUCAUGGUUAAGAGCUGGUGCUCGCGAGUGGCUGGAAUGGGAAAGCGACGAUAGUGGCAUGGUGAAAGUGUGGUGUUGCGGGGAGGUCUGCAUCGCGUUCGAAUAUUGUAUCGUUCGCCACUCUUUCCCUGUGCGUCAUGAACCGUACCGUGCCUCCUACUUUCGACGAUAAGUUCACCCCAUCGCUCCUUCUACUCAACCUCCCCCGCACCUCGGCCCGCACCUCAAUCCGCCCUCCCAAGAUCUCCCGACGAUGAGGUUCUCCUUAGUUUCAAGCAUUCUCAUGCUUGUGGGUCUUGCCGCCAGCAAGGCUCUCGGCCCCAGGCCCGCUGUCGAAAGUGUGCCGGCUGUCGACAUCUCUCUGCUCUCGCCGCGCCUGCCCCAGCCGACCGUCGCCUACCUUCCCGAACAUGCCACGCCAGUUCGUAGAUGGGGACGAGCCCCGCCGGCACCCGCCACUAACGACUAUAUGAACCACGUCGUGUGUAAGGGCAUAAACUUCCUGGAUGCCUUCCCGGACACAGACGAAGGGGCAGGCAGUCUCUGGAAGCCUAAGUUGCCAUCGGCGCAUAGCUCAUACACCUGGCCCGAUCUUGGGGCUUGGGGCUACAAUAUUUACCUUUGCGACCCGCAUGGCCGAGACUUCACGAGUAACAAUCUGGGGCUCGAUCGCGCCCUGAGAGAGCUCGGAAUGUCGGACAAGGCCACUGAAGAGGGGGGGAGGAUUAGGUGCCUUCACGUUCAUCAUGGUGACAUCAUGGCCCGCUAUCCGCAUAACAACCAGCGUAUCCCGGAAGAUGUGCAGUCCUAUCGGGGACCUGAUAAUCGAGUUAGGAGGGUAACUGGGGCGUACUUCGUUAUCGGAAUCAACGCUGACGAAGGAGCUAUCUUCACGAUAAAUGUGAAGGGUCCGUCUUACACAGCUCCGGAGCGAUUUCCGCCCGUUCCCUUUGAUCAGCUGCCGAACUUGCGCGCCUCUUCCGAUGUCAUGUGGGGUUUGUGGAAGAGAUACGCUCCUGCUAAUACCAUCAACAACCUGAAGUGGUACUUCGUGGUCGGCAUCGUCAACGACCCUACGCGUAGUGUGCUCAUUCGCGCAAUGAACGAGCUCAACGAAGAACUCAAACCUUAUCCCGGAACAUGGAUUGGCAUGGAUACAGUGUAUGGGCAAGCAAUCCUGGGGACUCCGAACGCGGUGGGCUUGGGCUAUUUCCUCGCUCAGCACAAGCCAGAGCUGGGCAACUUGCGCGUCACGGGGGUGGUUGUCUUCCAUGGUGAUACUGAGACUAAGCUCCCGUGUCUCGCGUUCCACGUCCAACCUGUCCCAGAGGACGAGAAUAAAAAGGAUCCGGACGACCCGCAAGGACCUGGUGGAAACCAUCCUGCCGACUGGGUUGGUCCGGUGCCACCGUCGCUAGAGGUGCUAGGUGGCUGCGAAGGGGACCAAGAACAUAUUGACGGCUCAUGCUCUGUAUCCCGUUGAAAUUUGAGGCCAAGGGUGACCUGCGAGAGCAUCACUGGGCACACUGAUGCUUGAUGGCGGGCGUCGGUCCUCGUAUCCGGAUACACGUCCGUUCAGCGUCACCUAUCCAUCGGCGCUUUCUGGCUUAGCUGCGCGGAAUAGCUCAUGGUAGGAAAAUGUGAGAAAAUUUUGAUACAUGAAAACUUCCAAGGUUUGGAUGAUGGGCGGUCUUGUGAGAUGAAUGGUAGCGUGGUGACAGAAACCUUGGGAGGAUGUGUGCUUCGAUCGCCGUUGCCGUAAAUAGCGAAACCGCUCCUCCUUCACUUGAUAAGAUGCC